UCUUCGAAGCACCAUUUGACCAACUAUUCUACCCUGUAUCCAUUUCCAAGUGAGGGUAAUUGCUCACUGCACCGGACUCAGCGCACCUUCCGUAUUACGGCCCCAUCCUCGCUUUCGGCUCACGCAAGGAUCCUCGAUUGCGCCGCUUAAUUCAAACUUCGGCCCUGCCCUGGCAGCAUCCCGCGCAGUCUGACUUCACAGGGUCCCUUUGACGACAUCGUUAUUUUGGCUGAAAACAAAGAGGCGGCGCGCGGUGCAUUGUGCGGCCGCAUUCAAACAAGCAACGAACGCACGCCACAAGAAUCCGCUCAUGUCCGUUUCCGGCGCCCUCACCGUGUCAACCCGCGAGAGGUAGCUUCUGCAAACAAACUGGACGCGCAUAGAAAACAAAUCCUGCUGGACAGAAUUUGCGAUUUCUCCAAGUCUACGACUAUCCUCGCCCAUCUCCACCAUGUCCGGAUCCACAGCACCAGCAACGAGGCGACAGCGCCCGUCCAAUCAGCAGACGAGCGCUGUGUAUGGAUACCAUAACACAUUCCACACCCACGCGCAGCUGCCGCUCGGCAGUCCACCCGCAUACGCUCGAAUCGACGACAACCUACGCUAUCUGAACAACAAGGCGCGAACCGAGGCAAAAGCAGAGCGCGCUGAUGUUCAGCCACCGCCGUAUUCCUGCACUGUCGAGAUCGGUGGUGUCCUGGGCGUGCGUCAUGAGCUGCUCUCCCCAUACCACGUGUCUGGCCAGCGCGACUGGUCAGACUGCUAUGUGAUUCUCCGGGGCACGCAGCUAAGCAUCCACCGAGUAAAGCAGCCAGGCUUGUGGAGCAAAACCAAAGGGCUUACCGCAGGCCGCUUGAUCUCGUCAUACACUCUGCAGCACGCAGAAGUCGGCAUUGCUUCAGACUUCAAGAGGACAGCCAUCAUUCCAAAGUCCCCAUUCGCACACCUUGUCCCUGCCUCAGCUCGCCACAAGCUCUACGAGACUGACCCACACCUCUUUGAGCCGGUCCGCGAGCACGUCAUUCGCAUCCGUGUAGAGACUGAGCAGUUGCUGCUUUGUACAACCUCUCAAGAGUUGAUGCUUGAUUGGGUAGAGGCGUUCUGCGCCGCUAUUGACAUCAGCUCACCCCUCGAAGAUCGCAGCGAGCCGCGCUAUCGAAGCCUGCCUAGGAGGAACAGGCGCCAGCGCAUACUCGACGGAGCUCAGCUUGGUGAGGAUUUGGAUAACCUGUCGAGCCUCGACGCUGGCAGACGUAUCAUUGCCGAGCAAGAGCGCAUUAUCCGCCAUCUCUACCCGCAUUUGGGUGGGGGUCUGCCAAUGGGCAACGUCACGACUGUGACCGCCACAGGAGACCCAUUCGACGAAUUCGAUCCUGAAGACGUGCGGUUCCCAACACGAAAUGGUCUUCCACAUUCGUCUUCUCAAGACGACGAGGAGGAGCCCCCUUCAACAGCGUCUUCAGAUUCUAAAAAUGGCUCCGUCAUUCGUCCCACGCCCUCAGAGGCUCUCCGCUACCGCCGGCGCUGUGCCCCAGUGCUACUGUCCUCAUCACCUCGCGUCAGCGAUGUCGUGAUCUGCGACGGCAAACGUAUGCGCAUCCACAUCAAAGAGCGCACACUUGUCGACUACACCUCUCACCCACCGCGCUACGAUGCACAUGGUUUCAAGAAGAAGCGCAGCCCUAAGCCCACAACUAUCGAGAUCGAAGCUCCCGCCACAAUUGUUGUGGAGAAGAUCCAUGGUUCUGAAAGGCCAGCAUCGCCUAUCCGAGCAGCCAGCGACGACUCCAUUGCGUCCAUUACAUUUGGCUAUGACCUGGCCCCCACGCAUUCUGAGCAGGAUGCGGACCGCAUCGAUCUCGCCUCGUCAUCUGGCCCACCCUCGCCAAUAGCCAUGUCUCAGACGAAGAUGGACGCCACACGCCAGCUUGGUCACAUGGGCAAAAUCAGAACUAGCAUCGAUGGCCGCAACAACGAGAUCAGCGCCGUCGCUCUUGGUGUCGGCCUGCUCAUCUAAACAUCAACUCUUAUAUAUGUCCACCAUCCUUGUAGAUACUUCCCUUUGUUUUUGACUGCGAUUAGCGACAUUGUUUCAUUGUUCAUGGUUGAGCGGCAUCUCAACUAGCAGUGAGAGUUCAUCAACUCAGCUGCUUUAGAGAUACCCAGCAUGGUUCCAGAGGAACUGUACAUACUUCAAUCACACAUCUUCACAUACCUUGCGUCGUCUUUGCUCCGCGUUGCUGCUCCUGCAUCCCACCAUCCGCCUUACCUCCAAUUGAUCAACACGGC